AAAUCCUUAUGCAGUCUCCAUCCUUUGCUCGCCGCUUGCCGCCUUGCCCACUUUGCCCUCUCUCGCUCUCCAAGCCCUGCUCUGUCUUCGUCUCUUGCCCUAGUUUUAUGUAUUACUGCAAGCCAUUUUAACAGCCAUUUUUGUUUGGUUUCCCACCUUUUUCUGCUUCCUAUUUUGAUUCUUGUUGUUUUCAAGGAUGGGGAAGAAGAGGGGGAAUCCUCUUCCAUUGCUACCUCCUGAGGUUGAAGAGGAUGAAAUCGAGGUUUCAGAUGAAGAUUUACAGUUUGUAAAGGAAAACAGAUAUUACGCUGGAUUUCUCAGUAAAUUGGACACGAAAUCAAUUACAAAACAUGUUGUUCGCCUUGCUGAUGGGAAAAAGGAAGAUGCUCUAGAAUCGUUUUAUGAGAAACGGAAGAAAAAAGCGUUUAUUGAGAAUAAUGAAGGGAAUGCUCUUCAAUUGGAUCCUGUGGAUGCCCUCCCUGUAAAGACACUAGACGGAAAGUUGUAUUAUAGAACCUCCUCUGUGGAUGUCACUAAGCCUCAAACUGGUCUGCAAGAAGACAACACCAAAACAAAUGAUCAAAAUGUUGAUAAUGAUGAGAACAAAAUCAAGCCAACAAAAGCUGAACGAAGGGAGAAGCUGAAGAAAAUUAAGAAGAUAGCAAAGAAACAAGUGGAGGAGGAAAAUAAGAUAGAUGAAGUACAGAGGGACCUGAAAUCUGAAGUCCUGGAAAAGGUGAAACAAGAACUUUCAGCAGAAGAACUCUUUCUUCAAAAGAAGGGUAAAAUUGCAGAGAUCGGAAUGGGGCUUCUUGCUGAUCCAGAGAAUAAUAUUGCAUCCUUGAAAGAGCUCGUACAGACAUGCAAUGAUACAGAUCACAAUGUAGCAAAACUGGGCCUGCUGUCACUGUUGGCUCUUUUCAAAGACAUAAUCCCUGGCUACCGGAUUCGGCUUCCUACUGACAAGGAACUGCAGAUGAAGGUUUCAAAGGAAGUAAAAAAGAUGCGUGACUAUGAGUCUAUGCUUCUGAACUCAUAUAAGGCAUAUCUGCAGAAGCUUGUGGCCUUUGGAAAACAACCUUUCUUUCAACAAGUGGCUGUUCGUUGUAUAUGUAAUUUGCUAGAGGCUGUUCCCCACUUCAAUUAUCGCGAGAAUUUACUUGCAGAGACUGUUAAAAACACUAGCUCCUCUGAUGAUGUCAUAAGGAAACUUUCUUGUUCAGCUAUAAAGUCACUUUUUAUGAAUGAGGGAAAACAUGGUGGUGAAGCAACAGUGGAGGCUGUACAGUUGAUUGCAGAUCACGUGAAGAUUCAUAAUUGCCAGCUUCAUCCUGAUUGUAUUGAGGUUUUCUUGGCCUUGUCAUUUGAUGAGGAUCUUGCGAAGUCUACAUCUGAAAAUGGCAAGGAAAAAGUUAAACCUAAGAAAAAGGGGAAACACACGCCUGCUGUUCCAAAUCAAUUGGCAAAAGAUGACAAGAAGUUGAGCAAGAAGGAAUUGGCUGCAAAAACAAGAGUGGAGGUUAACACCGAUUUUAAGGCAGUCUCAUUUGCCCCUGAUGCAUCUGAACGCAAAAAAUUGCAAACGCAAACACUUGCUGCUGUAUUUGAGACAUAUUUCCGAAUUCUGAAGCAGAGCAUAGAGUCAACAGCUGGGAUUAAGAUAGGCAGUGGAACUAAAUUACGCCCGUUAUUGAUUCCAUGCUUGAAGGGAUUGGGAAAAUUCUCUCAUUUAAUCAGUGUGGAUUUUAUGGGUGAUCUUCUGAAUAAACUCAAAAGACUUGCCAGUGGAAGGAACCUCUCUACAGAAAACUGUAGAACUGUUUCUGAACGCAUCCAGUGCUGCAUAGUGGCAUUCAAAGUGAUGAGGAACAACCUUGAUUCCUUAAUUAUAGAUCUCCAGGAGUUCUUUAUCCACCUCUACAAUCUAUUGCUUGAGUGCAAACCCAACAGAGAAGACGAAGGAGAGUUAUUGGCUGAAGCUCUGAAAACCAUGUUAUGUGAGGGGCGACAACAUGAUAUGCAGCGGGCUGCCGCAUUUAUUAAACGCUUGGCAACAUUUUCUUUGUGCUAUGGACCUGCAGAGGCUAUGGCAGCUUUGGUUACCAUGAAGCACCUACUCCAGAAGAACAGCAAGUGCAGAAAUCUUCUUGAAAAUGAUGGAGGCGGUGGCUCUCUCUCUUGUUCAGUUGCUAAAUAUCAUCCUGAUGCCACAGAUCCAAACCUUAGUGGAGCACUUUCAUCAGUGUUAUGGGAACUAAGCUUACUAAGCAAGCAUUAUCAUCCCGCGGUCUCAGCCAUGGCUUCAAGCAUCGCAAACAUGGGCACUGGCCAUAACCAGAUGUUUCUCUCCAUUAUUUCCCCUGGUCAAGCCUUCUCAGAGUACUCAAUUGCCCGGGAAUCCUUCAAAUUAUCGAUUAAACCCCCUGCUUCCAUUUGCAAGAGGAAGAAGGUUAUGGAUUCCCAACAGAGGAAGAAGGUUCUGGAAUCUUCUGCUGACCCACAUUGGAAUGAUCAGGAACAUGAGGACUUGGUUCGAAAGAGAUUUUCUGAUCACUUUAAAGUGUUUCGAAAUAUCUUGGAGAAUGAGAGACUGAGAAGGGAACUGAAUCUCACUAUGUCAUCCAUACAUUUGUAUGAGGAAUAUAGGAGAGAGAAGAAGAAGAAGAAGAGGCGAUGCUUGGACAAAGUCUAAUGUUCGUGGUCUGGUUUCAGGUGUGAUUUCCAUGGAGGCGCCUGUGAUGGAAUGUUUGAUGUAUGCAUGUGAGAGAUAUGCAUACAUGUGCAUGGAUGGUAUCAUACAUUUUUUAAGGCAAUGCACCCGUGUGCCUGGAGUUAUGGUGGAUGUAUACCGUUCCACAUGCGUGCCGAAGCUGAAUCAAAAGAUCAGGAAGGAAGAAAGCUUCAUAUGCGAAAGCUUUUUAAGCUGGAAUUUCACUUGCCCACCACUCAGUUUUGAUAUUGUUGGUAUUGAUUGUGUUUGCAAGUUCUAUUUUCUAAUUUUUCUCAAUUUUGUAGUAUCCAAUGUAAGUUUAUUUUCCUCAUGGCAUCACACAGAAUCUCUCUCAAUUAUCCCAGUGUUGAGGUUUUUCAUUCUUGCUAAAUUUUUUGAAUGGAUAUGCUUUAUUGGACUCUAAAAAUAGUGUAUAUUGUAACAAAUUA